UAGGUGGCGCUUUACCUAGCUAGACUGUAUAAAGACGCUCCGCGCAAUUUUGAUAAUUAGGAGUGAAAAUAAUAAUCUAAAUCAAAGUUACUAUACACCAUUUUAAUUGUAAGGACAUGGACCUCUAAUCAGUGAAUUCGAUUCGUAAACAAUAAGGCUGCAGUGAGUGUUAUUAGCAAAUAAAUUCUCCAAAAAUCUGCUUUUUUCUUCACUAAGACAAUGUCGCUUGAAAAUAGAAAAAUCUGUGGUGGCUGUUUCGAGCCGAUUGAAGAUAGUCGAAGAUGGCUAGCGUGCCACCUCUGCAAGGAGUUCUUCGACCUGAAGUGCGCCGGGGUUACCGAAAGGCGCUUCCACGGCACGCUGGUUGGUGAGCGCAGGAAUGCGUGGAGGUGCGUCACAUGCGUCAGUAGGCAGCCCAAGAGGGACAACACUGAGACGCCCGUCCGCGCUGCUGCGGACGGCGUUAUGGUGCGGAGGGGGGCCGCCACCAUGAGCCCCACUUGUCUCGACGCCUCAAUGCUAGAGCAGGCCAGUCAGGAGAAUCCGAACGCUACUGCACUGAAUAUUACUAUGGAAGUGACGGAUGUGCAGGCGCUCUUCUUGGAGAUCAGGCAACUUCGCGAGGAGAUGCGCGACGAGUUCAGAUCCGUUCGGGCCCAGAUCGACACACUGAUCGGCAGAGUCUCACUGUGCGAGCACAGAGUCGACGCUCACGACGAACGCCUGGGUGACAUCGAGCGAAGACUCGAGGCCGUGGAGUCCCGUCAGGCGUCGAUCAGCUCGGCGCCCGGGUCGGAGACACUCACGCAGAUGGAGCGGACGAUAUCGGAGCUCAAGCUGGAACUCAACGAGCGGGACCAGGAGGCGCUCGUCGCCGACUUGGAGAUCGGCCACCUCCCGGAGGAGAAGGGGGAGAACGUCCUCCACAGCGUCGCCGUGCUCGCCGGGCGCCUGGGCGUGGCGCUGGACGAGCGGGACGUGGUGUUCGCGGAGCGCGUGGGCGCGCCGCCGGCCGAGGCGGGCGGGCGCGCGCGCCGCGUGGUGGUGCGGCUGACGCGCCGCCACCUGCGCGACGAGCUGCUGCGCGCCGCUCGCGUGCGCCGCGGGCUGGCCGGCGAGGGCGGCGCGCGUGUGUUCAUCAACGAGCGCCUGACGCGCUCCAACCGUCAGCUAUUCCACCGGGUGCGCGAGGAAUGCCGCAGGUUGCAGUGGAGGUACUCUUGGACAAGGCGUGGGCGCAUAUUCGCUCGCAAGAGCGACGGUGCGCAAGUGUUUCAACUCCGGUCGCUAGGAGAUCUUGAGCGGGUGUUUGGUUCAUCGUCAAUAUGA